GUAUCUUGUAUGAUUCGAAUUCGGCCAUUUCGUCUGGUGACUUCUUCGGAGUCGGGUUUCUGACGUCGGCGUGGCGGCUUCUUGGAGGUUGAUUCAAACGCACGUGCACACGUGUCCUCGUUUCCUCGAGCUCGUCGUGAGUAGAUCGCAAACGACAGCGACGUCGGACAUCGGAAUCGACGUUUUCACAGUUAGAGCAACCAGCGAAGAAGUCAUGGCACAGGAGGCAUCACUGGACAACGCGAAAGUGGAAAACGUGGCGUUGCCGGAGGACGGCUUAUCGGCCGCACAAUUAUUCGCCGCUGGCGACGGUCUCACGUACAAUGAUUUUAUCAUCUUACCUGGUUACAUAAGCUUUACGGCGAACGAUGUGGAUCUGGUGUCACCUCUGACGAGGAAGAUCACGCUGAAGGCACCGCUUGUAUCCUCACCUAUGGAUACGGUCACUGAAUCGGACAUGGCUAUCGCUAUGGCCCUUUCUGGAGGGAUAGGUAUUAUCCAUCACAAUUGCACCCCAGAGUAUCAGUCAAACGAAGUACAAAAGGUAAAAAAGUACAAGCACGGAUUUAUUCGGGAUCCCUUCGUGUUGGCGCCGCACAACACAGUAGUCGACGUACUGAACGUAAAGACUAAGCACGGUUUCAGUGGAGUGCCGAUAACGGACACCGGUAAAGUUGGUGGUAAAUUAUUGGGCAUAGUUACUUCGAGAGACAUCGAUUUCCUCGAACGCCUGCCUGAUUACCAGUCGAAGGUCCUGAGUUCUAUAAUGACUACUCGGGAGAACUUAAUCACUGCGCCUUCCAGUGUAACGUUGCACGAGGCGAACGUCAUUCUGGAGAAAUCGAAAAAGGGCAAGCUUCCGAUCGUGAACGAGCGCGGCGAACUGGUGUCGCUGAUGGCGAGAACCGACUUGAAGAAGAACCGUAGCUACCCGAGUGCCAGCAAGGACGAGAAUAAACAGUUGUUGGUGGGAGCUGCGAUGGGUACGCGGGAGGCAGACAAACACCGGCUGCAGCUGCUCGUGGCAGCCGGCGUGGACGUAGUGGUCCUCGACUCGUCGCAGGGCAAUUCCAAGUACCAGGUCGACAUGAUCAGAUACAUAAAGUCGCAACAUCCGGAGCUACAAGUGAUCGCCGGCAAUGUCGUGACGUCCAUGCAAGCGAAAAAUCUGAUAGAGGCGGGAGCUGAUGCGCUACGCGUCGGGAUGGGUUCUGGCUCCAUAUGCAUUACGCAGGAAGUAAUGGCGGUUGGGCGACCGCAGGGAACAGCAGUGUACAAAGUUUCCGAGCACGCGAGGAAAUUCGGUAUACCCGUCAUCGCAGACGGUGGUAUACAAUCUAUCGGACAUAUUAUCAAAGGCCUUAGUUUAGGUGCUAGUACAGUAAUGAUGGGUUCUCUGUUGGCUGGAACGUCCGAGGCUCCGGGCGAAUAUUUCUUCAGCGACGGCGUCCGUCUGAAAAAGUACAGAGGCAUGGGUUCGUUAGAAGCCAUGGAUAGGAAAGACGCCAAUGGUUCGGCGAUGGACAGGUAUUUCCAUAAUGAAAUGGAUAAAUUGAAGGUGGCGCAAGGUGUCAGCGGCUCCAUAGUCGACAAGGGCUCGGUACUUAAAUUUCUGCCGUACUUAACGUGCGGUAUCAAGCACGGUUGCCAGGAUAUCGGAGCGAAAUCACUUGGCAUCUUGCGAACCAUGAUGUACAACGGAGAAGUAAGAUUCGAAAGGAGAACGCACUCGGCGCAACAAGAGGGUAAUGUACAUAGCUUAUUCUCCUACGAGAAAAGAUUGUAUUAAAACCGAGUAAAAAUACUCGAAACGACAUGUGAGAGAUACCUGCAUUUACUCCUAUAGCGAUUCCCGAACAUCACGUUCGAGAUAUCAUUAUCUCGAAGCUACUUAUCUCGACAACUCGUUAUAAGGAAAUGACUUAUUCUGUAUAUACUUUUAACAGACAUGUAGCAUAUCUUUUUAUGACUUUUUAAAUUUUAAUAUAUACUGUGAAUUCUGUGAAAGAUUUAAAGAAGAAUUAGUUUACGAGCGAAUCACGACGAGUUACUACUUGUUAUCAGUAUAAACUUUCCUAUACAUGUAACAUCAAUAGAUGACGAUAUAUGAAUCUCUCAUAUGAUCAGAUAUGUAUGGUUGUUCGCAAAAUAGCAUUAAUGCGAAUAAAUGCCAAAACAAGGGAUCACGAUUUAUGCGAUUUAAUUAAAUAACUCGCCUGUUUUUGAUUGUAUCAAACCGAAUACUGUCUUGAUAGAUUUUAUUCGAUAACAUCUUGCUAAGUAUUGAGUCGGCCGGCAAAUCCGUAUCGAUUUUCCUUUAGCAAAAUUCAAAAGUGCAAAAUUUUCUAUUCUUAAGCAUCUAUAUUUGAUACAGUAUUCUUGUAAGAAAGUAUGUUUCAAAUAAAAUUACUUUUAUCUUACA